UCGAGCUCGGCAACACCGAACGAUGAGCAACCUCGAUUCAUGGGCCGUGUUGCGGAUACAAGCCAUUCUUCCGUUGGAUACAGAAAGUUUACAACAGGUUGUCGCUUAUGCUAAUUCGCUUGAUUCGCCCGAAGAUGUAGCGAAUCACUUCAAGGGCAUGCUUGGAGAUGAUUCAGAUAGCUUGGACUUUAUUUCACAGUAUAAUGCGAGACGGUGGCCGCCGGCUGAUCCGGCGAGGGUGCCGAAGAGGGAGGCGACGAAGGGUUCUACUACGCCGAGCAGGGCACAGACACCGGUAAUAAGAGAACCAUCAAAGCCCAAAGCGUUAACGAAGGAAGAUCUGGCGAAGGCGUUUGGUGGGGGCGGAAGUGUGUACAUGAAGGGCCAGGAGGAUGAGGAUUACUUCGGCGGAAGAGGAAAAGCGAAGGCUAAGCAGCAGUCCAUCGCACCCGGACGACCACUUGAUCCUGCACCAGAACAAGUCUCGAAACCGGCGGUGAAAACGAACCAGGGUGGGUUGAUGACGUCGGAUCUACUUGCGCCAAAGAAGAAGAAGACUCCUGCGACAUCGACGUCGACAUCAGCGGGGUUCAGUCCGAAUGCUUCCUCCGCACAUCUCUCCUCGCUUGCGGAGAUUGACUCAGCCUUGCGACUUCUUGACCUAGCCGACGACCGGAAGAAGAGGAAGAGACGGCCAUGUAACUGUCAAGCAAUCCUGCAUCCGCUCUUCAUGGCUGCUCCAAACUGCCUGAAUUGUGGUAAGAUCAUCUGUGCAGCGGAGGGAAUUGGACCGUGUACGUUUUGUGGUGUCGAUGUGUUGAGCAAGGAGCAGCAGUUGGAGCUGGUGAACGAAUUACGGAAGGAGAAGGGACAGUUGAAGAUGCAAGCGGAUCAGAAGAAGAAAGUACGGACUGGGCAGGUACAGAGGGGAUAUGCGUCCCAUGCUGGUGGAUCAGUACACGUACCAGACGAGGCGGAGGCGGAAAUGGAGGCGAAGCGCCUUGCGGCUGAAGAAAGAAAGGAGACGUUGUUAGGCUACGACAGGAACUCCGUACGGAGAACUCACAUCAUUGACGAGGCAUCGGAUUUUGAUAUGCCCCAGAUAGACAAAUGGGCAAGUCCAGCAGAACGUGCUCUAGCUCUGAGGAAGCAGCAGAAGGCGCUCGAAGCGAUGAGCAAACAGAAGCGUAAGGUCAUGGCUAUCGACCUGUCCGGUCGUAGAGCCCAUGUCACUUAUGACGAGGAGAGCGAACCGGAGGCUGAAAAUCAAUUCGCGGAAGAAGAGGCUGCGAUUGCACAAGAUAAAGCAGAAAUGGAGCGCGCAAAGGAAGAACGUCUUGGUGGAGGCGCGUUCGCACAAAACCCUCUUCUCAAGAAGUACGCGCGACCAAAAUACAUCCCACCAAAGGGGAAGGGUAAGGCUGGGGAGACCGAUCAUUCAGCUACGUGGAGUAAGUUGGGAAAGAAAUUGGGAACUGGUGGGUGGAAGAGAGUUCAGGAUGACGAUGCGGAUAGAGAGGCUAUGCAGGAGCAGUUGAUUCUUGGGGCGGGAGCGAUUGAUGGGGAGCCAGGGCGGGAGGAGCCAUCGAGUUCGAGGAAAGCAUGAUAAAGCAGAUUUAGAUCUGGCUGAUUGGCCGGUUCGUGCAGAUAGGAUGCAACUGGCAUUUGACUGCUUCCUGGGCUUUGACAGCGAGAAAUAAUAGACAGUUGAC